CAAUUCUCCUCUCGAACAUUUGAAAAGUUGGAUAUCUUCCUUCCGCAGGAUAAGAGUGGGAGUGAGACUGAGACCUGCUUCUUGCAAUUUCAGAAACUCCAUUUUCCCGCGCUUUCUCUGCUCCAAGGAACCGGAAAAUUUUGAACUGGAAACGCGGGGAUUUGAAGUGGAAGGGUUUUUCACUCGUUUACUUUACCAAACAGACCCUUAAUUAAUAGUGGUGUUUUUAUUGCAGAUGGAGGCUUUGUAUCGGAAGCUCCAUAACAAAUAUGAACGACUCAAGAAGAAAAGAUUGUCUGAGAUGGAUGAGAUUAAUAGAGAUCAAGAAGUGAAAUUUUUGGAUUACGUGGCUGCUGCAGAGGAGUUGAUUCAACACCUGAAAAGUGAAAAUAACAAAUUACAAACCCAAGUUAAUGAUUUGAGAACUGAAGUGGCCUCACUCAGAUCUUCGAAGGACAGGGAAUCUAUAGAGUGCCAAAAGCUUUUACUGGAAGAGAGUCAGAAGAAUAAAGCACUUUCUGAAGAAGUUGGUAGACUCCAGAAUCUGCAUCAAGAGGGACUUUCUUGCAUGGACAGAAGUUAUGGUGUUAUUCAACAGAAUACUCCUGAAACUGCGUUACAAAAUGUGCCCGAAAAGUUAAACAAAAGAGUGUCAAAAAAGCGUAGCAGUGAAUCUGAGCACAGCAAAGAAGAAGCCUAUCUUAUGCCUGACUCCAAGGAUCCAGAUGAUGUGAUGGUUAGAGAAAUGGCAGAAGACUUAUCAAAAGGAGUUUUGUAUGAUGAACAGCCGGAAUGCUGUAAAAGAACUCUUUAUGAAUCAGGUAUUGGUGUAACUGAAAGUGGCCCUGCAGACUGUAUGUUUCGAGCUCUUAUCGAGUACGUGAUGGGUAUGAAAUUUUCUAUAAUUACUCAAGCUGAAGGGAUAAGUAUUACAGCUUUGCAUCAAUCAAGUGGUUAUUCGUUCAGUCUAACUUGGAUAGACAAAGCAACUAGUGAUGAAAGACAGCUUCUUUACCGUGCAUUAUCACUUGGGACAUUUGAAAGAGUAGCACCAGAGUGGAUGAGAGAGGUUUUGAUGUUCAGCACAAGCAUGUGCCCGAUCUUCUUUGAAAGGGUAGCCCGUGUAAUCAAGCUGCAUUGCUAAUGGUACUGCUUUCUUUGCUCUUAUCUAAUUCUUAGAUUUGUUGCUCUCUGACAAAGUGAAAAUUUUUAUACCACAUUCCUAGACAGUUGUGAGAGUGUGCCCUUCAUAGGCCCAUUGUAAAGUUUGCUUGUAGUCUAUAGAGAUUGAGCUUUUCCCUAUUUGCAUAUAAGAUCUCAUGUAAAAGAAGCACAUUCCCUUACGAUAUGAAAGAUAUCUUUUGUAGGA